UACGGGUUUCGGGGUUUGUGUGAUUCUGUUUUUUUAUUAUUCCCAUCUUAUGCAAGUGGGCAGGCAAACAACGAAAAGAGUGAAGUGAAAAGAGAGACGUGAGAUUGUGAUGUAUUGUAGUGUAGUUAGGGGCAUGGUAAAGGAAACUGUAUCGGAGGUCAUAUCGGAUUCGCCAGUGGUAGGGUAUUUUGUGGUACUACCAUGGUUCAAUCGUUGUGUACCGGUAAAAUACCGUUUUUGUAAUUAAAUAAUAUUUUUCGUUAAAACACCGUACCCGAAGAUUCGAGAUACCGUUUCGGAAUAAAACCGGAAUAUACCGGAUAAAAGCCGGAAUACAAGAGAAUCUGCCAAACAUCCAUUGAAUACUCUUACCAAACAAGUUUCACGAAUCCAUUUCCCCUCACGGAAAAAGCAAUUAACAAACAGCAGAGCCAAAAAGCAAGAAAAGAAAAAGACUCAGCCAAGCUGAUCCACAUACGAACCGGGAAACCGAAAGGCAAGGGUAGAAAAAAGGGGGAAAUCAGAUAGCAACAAACAGCAACUGUUACAAUUUGCUCCCAAAAAAAAUUCAACAGUCAUCCGCCACUAACAAGCCGGAUCUCUUCCGCGAGAUCUACACGGAUUCUAUAAGGAAAAGGGGGAAACGAAAAGGGGUUCAUCCAUGGCGUCGCUUCUGCUCUUGCCGUACUCUACUAUUCAAGAACAGCAAGCAAACAAAGAAGCAAAUUUCGGAGACCUGGUCGCCACUCGCCAGUGAAGAUGAACGCGCGCCAGUUGCGGGUGUCACUUUCGCGCGCCGAUCUCGGGUCGCCGGUUACAGGCGGCCAGAUGAGAUGAGGAGCGGGGCUGCGUGUCCUCUGCCUCUGGAGAAGAAAGAACCAGGAAAGGCAAAUUCUCGAUACAUUAGGUUUUUGGGGAUUUGGCUUGCGGCCGAUUUUUUUUUUUUUUUAUGUGCCAAAAACGACGUAGUGUUUGGUCAUACAGCUUACCGCCGGUUAGACCAAAACCGGGCGGUUUUUUGUUUUGUGCCGGUUAAACCAGCAAAACCGGGCGGCACGGUAAUCUUCUCGCAGCCAGCCUGCCGUAUCGUCCCUGGUCCGGUUCCCGGUUUUACCGGUCGAACCGACCGGUAUGAUCCGGUUUCCUGGUCCAUGGUUAGGGGUGGAAAUUGGGGCGGGUGUGGUUACCCGCUCCACAUUUUGCGGGUACCCACACCCCACAAAUUUACAAUUAUGCUACUCAAAACUCGUACCGUAGUGGUUAGUUGGUAACCACUAUCUACUGUGGCUUUGUGCAGGUUGGGUGUGGUUACCGCAAAAAUCCAUCUUUGCAAGCAUUAAGUUCUAGUCGCCACUAACGUAUUUGUUGUUCGUAACUAGAUUAUAGUGACAUACACUUGUGUUGUUCGUGGAUAUACAGUUUUGUACAUAGAUCUUACUCAACGUGGAGAUUUUUUCUUUUGAGUUUGGUAUUCAACUUUUGUGUCAGAGAGCUGUGAUUUCAUAUUUCCCCAACUAGGGGUGAAAUAUGACAAUUAAAUAUGAUCUUGUAUUUUUUCGCACAAAAGAAAAAAACAUACUGAUAAAAGUUAUAAAAGGUGUUCACUUUUAAUGAAUUGAUUAUUCUCCACUCUAUCGAUUAUAGUGUUUUAUAAACUAAAAAAUUCUUACAUAAAACUGAUUAGGUGUGUCUUUCUUAUUUGGUGGAUACUUUAAUUUUUAUCCUCGCACUUUUCGCAUACUAUUAUAUUAUAAAGUUAAUUCACUAAAUAAAUAUAAUUAGUGUGGUUAUUGUGGAUUUUGUGGGUUAUCCGCGGUGGGUAGUGGAUAACCACUAACCACAAAAAUCGUUAUUUUACUAUCCACACCCAACCCACUACCCACAAAUUGUGGGUAUGGUUACCCACAAUAGGUGCGGGUUGGUGCGGUUUUCUGAUUAUCCACAACCCGCAACCCAAACUUCCACACCUAAGUAUAGUGGUGAGAGGAUUGAUUGUGGUGACGUAUAGAAUGUAAAGGUGAGGUUGAAAGAAUUGUUAGUGUGUGGUGAGUCUAUAGUAGUGAGAAUAAGCUUAAGUUGUAAGUUUAGUUCAUCACAUUCUGUAACUACUAUUUCAGAGCACUUACCCGAUUCAGUAAAACUCGACAAGUGAUAUUCGAGUUGAGGUUAUGCUGAGUAUGGUUUGUGGUUCCAAUUAAGUUUGAUUUUGCACAUCGGAAAAGUUUUCUUGGGCUUGUGAUACAUACGUUGAGGCAGAGUAGUCGGUUUGGGAUCGACAUACGAGUUGCUUGGUUAGAAACCAAGUUACGUGGAGGUGUCGUUGGUGCGUAGUCCUGGACUACUAAGCUUAUUGAUCUGAGAUCAAGCUUACUUUGUUGAUAUAGAAAAAUCAAAAAGUCACUAUGGCGGAUAUGGUUGCAUGAGUUAGUAGCAUCGAGAUGCUUAACAACUACAACUACAAUACAUGAAGUACUCGAAUGGAGUUCUGUCUGCUUAGACAAGAUUUGUGAGAGAUCGUUGGACGGGAGCCAAACAACACCAACUAAUGAAGCCGGGAGUCUCCAUAAAUGGAAUGUCAAAGCUGGAAGAGCAUUCUAUGCUCUAGCUGUUGCUAUGGAUGAUAUCAUGUUGCAAACUAUCAAGAAAGCUAAGACACCAACGGAGGUGUGAACGUCAUUAGCUGAAGUGUGUGCUCGCACUAAUGACGCAAAGCUACAGGUGCUCAACAAUGAGCUAAUAUCAAACUCACAGCGAGAUAUAAUAGCGAGUGAUUACUAUCUAAGGUAAAACCUUGUGUGAAGAUAUCUCGAAGUUGGACUUAAAAAUCGUGUAAGCGAGACUAGGAUGAAGAAAAUUAUAGUCCAUGGGUUACGUCCCGAGUUUAAUGAACUCAUUACGGCAAUACGUGGAUGGGCUAAAGCGCCAAUGUUGGAGGAGUUAGAGAAUACUCUAGCAAAUCAAGAAGCUUUAGACAAGCAGUUGCCUAAAGACAGUGUUAAUGAUGAGGAAGCACUCUUUAGAAAGAAGAAUGAUGUUGGCGCCAGAAGUCUCUAAGGGAGGAGGCAAUGUAAGGCAAGAGAGCAGGAGCAUACCAUUAUGGAGUUGUUUACACCCAAAAAAUAACCUUGUACCACAUUGAUUAUUUACAAGGCAUUAGCUGUCUCCUGUCUUUAUAAAGCCACAUGAAUUAUAUCAACUAAUGUUAUUUAAGUUGGACCUUAUGGAUAUUGAUUUUAAGCCCAAGCCACUAAGUCUUGGGAGGGGCGUGCCCCUUCAACGAGAAGGACCAUGUCCGUCUAAAAGCUAGAGGGAUGUGCCACUUCCCAAAGCGGACCAUGUCUGUCUAGAAAUUGAGGAGCACAUGCAGCCCCAAGACUAAGACCGAAUGACUGGAAAAUAAACUAAGUCUGGAAGAGGUACAUGUCGCUUCAAAGGAGAAGCACGUGCCACUUCAACGAGGAGGGCCAUGUCCGUAAAAAAUCUAGCAAUAUGUGUCACUUCAACAAGAGGGACCAUGGAUGUGGGAAGAAUUCUCGGAGUCAAGAGGUCAUGCCACGCGAGAAGCAUCUCUCAAAGGAGACAAAAAAUGACUAAGUCUGAGAGGUCCAUGCCGCUUCACGAGAAGGGGCAUGGACGCGAGACAAGAUGAGACGUCCAUACCAAGUGAUGAGAAGGGGCAUAGACGUGAGAAAAGAGGCCCUAGGCACGGUUGAAAAAUAUUAAGUAUGAGAAGUCCAUGGUCACGAAUGAAGAGGUCAUGCCGCCUCAUGACCAAUAUCGAACGACCCAAAAUAUUCUAAGUCUGAGAAGGCCAAAUCGCCUCACGAGAAGGGCCAUGUGCAUGAUUAAGAGGUCCAUGGCCGUGUCAUGUGAUGGCCAUGGACACGAAUCAAGAAGCAUUAGACACGAUUGAAAAAUACUAAGUUUGGGAAGGUCAUGCUGACUCACAAGAGGGGCCAUGUGCACAAUUGAGAGGUCCAUGUCGCCUCAUGAGAGGAGCGAUGGACACAAAUAAGAAGGGCGUGGUGAUGGAGCACUAUAUCACUAGUGACUAUGUCUCAAGAGGUCCAUGGUCGUAAGACAAGAAGGCCAUGAACAUGAGUAAGAAGUAUACAUAUAUUAUUAUAUGGGUUGACAACGUGCCGAACUUGAAAAUAAUAUUAAUAGUGCAACGUGAAAAUGUUAACAAAGGAGGGGGGAAAUUUGAAAUAUACAUUGUGAUAGCAAUUUAGUUUUCUGUUAAUAAUUGCAAUAAUAUAAUUAAUAAUAAUUGUAUGGUCGGUUAAAAAUGUAUAUUAUUAUGGGUUGAUAACGUGAUUAAAUAUUAUUAAAACUGAUAAUGAACUUAGCAACAUCAAACCCUGCACGAUUGACUCCUUUGUCUCCAAUCUCCCCUCCUGAAGAACAUGAUUAACAAAUUGAUAAUGACCUUGAGAAAAUUGAUAAUAUAGUUGAUAAUAUUAAGAAUGGGUGUAGAUACGUUAAUAAUGAAAACAGAUAAUGAGAUGUCACACAUUAAUAAGUGUCGUGUUGGUAAAGAAGUUGAGAAAAUUGAUAGGCUUCAACAUUAAAAAUGAUGUCAAGUCGUUAAUAUUGAUAUGAAAAAUCGUUAAUAACGAAUGACCAAGUCAUUGAUCAGGAAAUUGAAUUUCAUUGAAACCAAUACAAAAUCAUUAAUAAUGUUUGAAUUCAAUGUUAAGUAUCAAAUACCUUUAAAUCGUAAAAAAGCAAAGUUGUAUCCAUUAAAAACUGAAAAAUAAUGUUAACAAUGAUUGUUAACGGUAUUAAUAACUAUGAUGUAAAAUAUUAAUACCGACAUACAAUACGACACCGUUUAAUAAUGAUAUGAGUUUUGUUUAUAAAUAUACUGAAAAUAUUAAUGAUAUCCAAAGGGAACAAGUUUUGUUUAUAAAUAUUAAUAAUAACUAAAAAAAGAGAAAGGAUGUCAUUGACUAAAAUAAAAAGCAGCCCCAAUAGCACAAACCAAACUCAACGUAAUUAACUCCUUAAAAUUCG